UUGUAAUUUUAAUGAAGAUGAACAUCAAAAUAGGAAGAAUUUAAGCAUGGUUUACAGCUGUAUUUUGCCCUGAUGUUUGUCUUAUCUUUACACUGCUACGGGACUAUGAUAGUCAAGUAUGUGUCAGAAAAUAUAACGUUGAAUUCCGCCAGGAUUUUAGCCGCAAAUUGAGAGCUUCCUUUAGCUGCGAGACAACCUUUAUGGAACAGGCAGUCGUACUGCCCCAGACAAAAGAAGACAAAAUGUUGCCAUUCCUAUCGUCUGCAAAAGUGUCCAGCAUGUCCAUCGAUGAUGUUGAGAGGAACCUGCAGUCUAGAUUAUCUUCUGGGUUGAGUAAUAGCGACGCGGAGCGAAGACGAAGGACUUACGGGUCGAAUGAAUUCGAUGUUGGACCAGAUACCCCCCUUUGGCGUAAAUACGUGGACCAGUUCAAAGAACCGAUGAUUUUAUUACUCUUGGCAUCUGGUAUUGUUAGCGUUAUGAUGGGACAGAUAGAUGAUGCAGUUAGCAUUACAGUGGCAGUUUUAAUAGUUGUGACUGUUGCCUUUGUCCAAGAGUACAGAUCUGAUAAAUCGGUAGAAGAAAUUAAAAAAUUAGUUCCACCAACAUGCCACUGCAUUAGAGAUGAUAAAUUAGAGAAUUUUUUAGCCAAAGAUUUAGUUCCCGGCGAUGUUGUUGUAAUAUCUACCGGAGAUAGGGUUCCAGCUGACCUCAGACUUGUCGAGGCACUUGACUUAGAAAUUGAUGAAUCUAGCUUCACUGGUGAGACAGAACCCCAGAGAAAAGAUCCAUCGUGUGUUCCUGAAGCCGUAGCUAACGGCAGCGUCACGGAGCAGAAAAAUGUGGCGUUCAUGGGAACACUUGUUCGCUGUGGGAAGGGGAAGGGAUUUGUUACGGGCACAGGGGAACACACACAAUUUGGAGAAAUCUUUAAACUUAUGAAAGCUGAAGAGCCUCCCAAGACUCCGCUUCAAAAAACUAUGGACUCGUUGGGCAAACAGCUGUCGUUUUAUUCCCUGUGUAUAAUCGGUCUCAUUAUUUUACUCGGUUGGAUGCAAAAUCGACAUAUUUUAGAAAUGUUUACAAUUGGUGUGAGUCUGGCCGUAGCUGCAAUUCCAGAAGGCUUGCCAAUUGUCGUAACUGUCACAUUAGCGCUGGGUGUUAUGAAGAUGUCCAAACGAAAUGCCAUUGUAAAGAAACUACCAAUUGUCGAGACACUUGGUUGCGCUACUGUAAUUUGCUCGGAUAAAACAGGAACGCUGACCAAAAACGAAAUGACUGUCACGCAGAUUUACACAGCUGAUGGCAAACUAGCCGAGGUUUCUGGAGUUGGUUAUGAUCUCGACGGUACGAUUACCACCGGGGAAACGUAUCUGAAUCAGGGACGACUGGUUGAGCGGGAUGUUGUUGUUGAUAAUUCGAAUCAUCCAGGGAUACGGAGGAUCCUCGAGGCGGGUUGUCUGUGCAACAAUGCGAGCAUCAACGCGGGUGUUUUGAUGGGUCAGCCGACUGAGGGAGCUUUACUGGUAGCGGCGAUGAAAUUUAGCUUACAUGACGUAAGGGAAGAUUAUAUUCGCUUGGAAGAAAGACCAUUUAGUUCCGUUCAUAAAUGGAUGGCGGUCAAGUGUAAAUCGAAAAGACGACAUGGAAACGAGGAACUGUAUUACGUCAAGGGAGCUCCUGAGAGAAUCCUUGAAUUAUGCACUCACUAUUCAAAGGAGGACAAAUCCUCGAUGUUGACAGCCAAAGAAGUAGACCGAAUACAAAAAACAGUGGUCCAAAUGGCCUCUCAUGGUUUACGAGUGAUUGGUUUUGCUAGCGGGACUAGCCUUCAGCAACUUACUUUCCUUGGCGUGAUGGGAAUCCUGGAUCCGCCUCGACCUGGUGUUGAGCAGUCAGUACAUACAUUACUGCGCAGCGGUGUUCAGGUGAAGAUGGUCACGGGUGAUUCACAACACACUGCACUAACAAUUGCGGAAAUCCUGGGAAUUUAUAAGCCAGGCUACCACGUUCUGUCCGGGGAGCAGAUGGAUGCCUUGCAACCACACGAACUCGAUGAUGUCAUUGAAAGAGUAUCAGUAUUCUACAGAGUUAGCCCAAGAAAUAAAUUGACAAUUGUAAAGGCGCUACAACGUCAUGGUCACGUGGUCGCGAUGACGGGCGAUGGCGUGAAUGAUGCGGUGGCAUUGCGGCGCGCAGACAUUGGGAUCGCUAUGGGUAAAAUAGGUACAGAUGUGAGCAAAGAAGCAGCCGAGAUGAUCCUUGUUGAUGACGAUUUCAAUACAAUCAUGUCUGCCAUUGAGGAGGGGAAGGGAAUUUUUUACAAUAUUAAGAAUUUUGUGCGAUUUCAACUAAGCACGAGUAUUGCAGCCAUAUCAUUAAUAUCUAUUUCAACGUUUCUCAAACUUCCUAAUCCGUUAAACGCGAUGCAAAUAUUGUGGAUUAAUAUCAUCAUGGACGGUCCUCCUGCCCAAAGUUUGGGCGUGGAGCCAGUAGACCGUGACGUCAUGAAGAAGCCACCACGUGACGUUAAACAACCAAUCAUAACUAGAUCUCUGAUGUUCAACGUGAUAAUGAGUGCUACGCUCAUAGUCACUGGUACGCUCUGGGUGUUUUGGCGUGAGAUGAUAGAUGACAAAAUCACUGCACGUGAUACGACGAUGACGUUCACGUGUUUCGUUUUCUUCGAUAUGUUCAACGCCCUGAGUUGCCGCUCACAGGUAAAAUCCGUAUUCACCAUCGGCGUUUUCUCCAAUCGUAUGUUCUUACUGGCUGUUGGAGGCUCGCUUCUUGGUCAAAUGCUGGUCAUAUAUUUUCCGCCUCUUCAAUCAGUUUUCCAAACGGAAGCCCUUCUGUUUUCUGACUUAGCUCUGUUAGCCUGUAUCGCGUCGACCGUUCUAAUAUUUGACGAAGUCAGAAAGCACAUAGUUCGGCGGUCGUCAAGAAGACAAAUUCCCGACGAAAUGCUGUAUCCCGUUUAGUUAUACAACUAGAACCCUUAUGCAAAAUGCUUCUUCGCGAAAGUCCUGAGAUUUACUAGAAAAACAAAUUUGUAUCAAUGUAAUAUUCGUUCACAAUUCUGAGAAACGUAUAAUGUUCUGAGAAACUUGGAGAAACGUAAUGGUUUUUCUCUGUCAAAGUUUUUGGAUGAAGAAUUGUGUUUAGAUGACACCAUCCAGAUGCCUAUAAUCAUUUCAGUUCCGAAAGUAUGUCGAAAGUUGAAAUGUUGGUGAGAACUGAAGACAAAGAUAUACGAAAUAGGUAUAUAUUAUAUACUUAAUUGUGUAAGUUAAAUAUUCCAAUUUGUACAAAUGUUUUGCAGGGGAUCGAUAAAUAU